GUCGGCUACAGAGUUGGCGGUGAAAAAUGGGACAAAGGUGCUCGCAUAGUGUAUGUUACGGUGGGCCACUUGCUGGAAGCGGUCGUGCACAAUCCAAAGCAUCUGGAAACCUUCAGCCACAUCGUGCUGGAUGAAGUCCAUGAACGAUUUGUGGAGGCCGAUUUCCUGAUGGCAUUUUUACGCAUGGCGUUAUCCAGACCUGAGACCCAGAGACAACGAAUUGUCAUCAUGUCUGCAAAGUUCCAGAUGGGGAAGCUCAAAAUGUUCUUUAAGCCUGCAAUCUUUCCAAAUCCAGCCGUAGACCAGCCUGCUCCACUCCACCUAGAUGGCGGCAGCCCUUUCGAAGUCGCUGACUUUGUGCUAAACGACGUGUACAACCGCUAUCCGGGUGUCGCUGCCGGUUGCAAGGAGCAGGAUUUCUCCCAACUAAUGCCAUCCCGAAAGCGGGAGGUGGCGCGUGAAAGGUUCUGGUCGGAUAGGCUGACGCAGGCCUGUCGAAACCUGACGAAACUAGCUGCCCGGCUCAUGUGCUACCUCUACAGGGAACACUUCGAGGAGUACCAGAGGAAUCCCACCAUGCCUGGUCAGUUUGCUAGCAGCUGCGUGAUCCUUGCCUUCCUUCCAGGCUUGGACCAGAUGUAUGAGCUUGCCAACCAUCUAGAAAGUCAAUACCGGGGCUUAUUUGCCCAAUGGCGAAUGUCCGAGAAGAAGCCCAACGUCAUCCUGAUGCAUUCGUCCUUGGACGAGCGAACGUACAGACACGCCCUGGAUGCUCCAGAGGAGGACGAAUGGAAGGUCGUUAUAGCCACGAACAUCGCAGAGUCAUCAUUGACAGUCCCGGGCGUGAAGACUGUCAUUGACUUUGCGCUGCACCGCCAAAACAUCUAUGAGGAUGAGGCGAGAAUGUCUUUCCUGCUGACUACCUGGUGUUCUCAGGCAUCUUUGGUUCAGCGACGCGGUCGUACCGGGCGAACAAAUCCCGGAAAAUACUUCUGCUUCGUGUCAGCGGCGCUCUACAAGGAAUUGCAGGACUUCGAUAAGAGCGGUGUGGAGAGGAAGGUCGCUCUUCAGGCGGCCCAUUUAGCUGAUCAGCUCUCGGUAGAUGCUGUCCGAGCAGGGCUUCCGGUUACCAAGAAGGGCGCGCAAACCAACCGCAGGGAUGAUGUUGUGCUCCACUUCGAUGGUGCGAGAGGUCUUUGGAAAAUUUCACAUGAAACCGGGCAUUACUACGCCAGCAGCGAAGAGCUGCACUUGCUGCAACUGACAGUCAAGAACGUCUUGAACCUUCUGCCCGACCCGCCUCAGGACCAUCGCAUUAGGUAUGCAAUCCAAGAGCUGCAAGAUCUUGGCCUCGUGACCAUGGCCGGCCAACGACCCACCACCCUAGGCGCCGCUUGCUUGAAACUUCCUGUGGAUGUGCCACUGGCACGCCUGGUUGUGCUGGGCUGGACUUUGGACUUGGCCGUGCACGGUGCCAUACUCGCAUCUGCACUCUCUCUGAACGUGUGUGACUUAAUGUCCACUCCCCACAACCACAUGACAGAGCUAGGUGAUUGGGACUUGGACCUCCUGAGAUAUGGUGUGAACGCUCGAUUGGAGCUUGACCAAGAUAGGCUGUCAGAGCCGUUGAUCGUGCAUGCGCUUUGUUGCGAGUGGCUCCAGGGACGAGAUUGCCAAGUGGGCAGGAUUCCAGAACAUUUUUGGAAGACGCUCCAAUGGCACCUCAACCCCAGGCUUUGGUCCCAGUUCACGUCAAAGCUAGUAGAGCUGCUUACGUCGAUGAGGAGCCUUUGCUGCACAGACUGCAAAUCGCACUGA